UGCAUCUAUAGUUUUAUGAAGCUGCCUGUGAAAAUGGCCUUCUGUGUUUAUAAAUGGGUUAGAACUGCAUGGGUGCAAAUGUAACAAUAUUAGGGAUACCUCCCUGUUAAAAUACAGACUUCCUGAUCAUAUUGUAGCUACUAGCACACUGCAUUACAACCGGCUUCCUAGUUUCAGUUAUAUCCAUCCAAUAUCCAGGCAUAUGUAAAUGUGUGGACCCCAUGAUCCACGGUUUCAGCAUUGAUUUAACUUCCUUUGUAAAGCCAGUGAAUAAGACUUAUGUCUCUGCACCAGCUGUACACUGUCAGCUGAAGCAGUUCACUUAAUACACUUGUGUUGAUGGUUUCUUUACACAAAUUGCACUUAAGGGCAAUAAACAUUUACCCGGAUGUGGAAAUUCAUCCUGUUAAAAUGAGGCAACACCUUUUGCUGGUGAAAUUAAUCCUAUUUAAUAGUGCUGUGUUUAGCUUAUGCUGCAUGUACUGCGUUACGUAAUGUGGGGUCAUACAGCUGUAGGUGAGUGGCUGUCACGACUCUAACAGGAAGGAGGUUGGGGUAAGAGGGAGGAAGAGCUAUGUCUCGCCUAGAAGUAUAUGUGCAAUCAGUGUCCUUCCUUGAUAUGAUACAGUGACGUGCAGGAUUUAUAGUAUCUAAAAUUGUUUCAGGAUAAUGUGACAAUGACACUCGGAAGUGGGGAAGAAUGUCUGUAAAAUGCUGUGUCACCAGCAAUCUCUGCAUCCACCGUCUCUUCUUGUUGCCCUCCCUCCCUCUGUUCUCUGCCACGUAUUUGCCUUCUGCGCUACAUCAGUAGCUGCUAGUGUGACCGUUUUGUGGUGGGAUACUGUCCCAACAGUGGGAUGCGUUCUGUCUCUCUGUUGGCUUCAGGUUGUGCAUUCCUUUUUUGGGGGCAUUUUUUGCGCAUACAGCUAUCAGUAAACUGUGUGUGUUUGAGCCACAGCGUACUGCAGUCAGUGGCAAUCGGAGCAUCUUCUGGUGGUCAGCGAUGCACUCGAGGCUUUACCACCUUGUUGCUGAGGGAGAAGCAUAUUUCUGAAGGGAUGUCGGUGAAGGGUGAACAAGGAGGAGGUGGGGGGAGGAGGAAGAGAUGAGAAGGAGAUGGGGAGAAAUGCAAGCAUGCGAAUGUGAGAGAGGGAGGGAGGGAGGUAGAUGCGCAUGCAGAGGGUGGAGCUUAGCAUCAGGCAGUUCCCUCCGUCUUCCUUUCUCUCCUGUUUUCUCUUCUCACAGUUUCCCCUCAUCCACAUCGCUGGGCACAUCUGCAGUCAUUUCCACUCUUCUGCUUUUGUCUCACUUGUAACUCAGCUGAUCCACUGGACUGCUGCGCCUCUCUGUACAGUUUUUCCAAUUUUUUUUAUGGACUAUCAUCCUUUUUGCCAGCAGUGCAACAGGGGCUGUCUUCAGACACGAGCGUGCACCCCUUUCUGGGAGUGGUGGGGGGGUGGGGUGGGGUGGGAUCCUGACUUAGAGCCAGGGCUGCUGUGUUGUCCCACAAAACCUCGAGAUAAGGGGCAAACCUGCAAAAGCUGCGGGGGGGUGGGAAGCGGGGUGGCAGGCAGAGGGGGUCGAAGCAAACGAAGGGUGGAGAGGCUCAGGAGAAGAAUGGUUAUGCCGGCUCCUCGUGCUCUGGUCGUGCUGCUCCUCCGUAGGCUGCGUGUCAUUCAGGCACAGUCCUGCCUUUCCUCGACAUGAGCCUCGCAGUAAGGGUGUCCUGCUCCAUGCUCAACUGCUUUGGUGAAGAGGGGCCUCCCAGUCUGGAGUACAUCAAGGCCAAGGAUUUGUUCCCCCAGAAGGAGCUGGUGAAGGAGGAUGAAAGCCUUCAGGUGCCGUUCCCAGUUCUUCAGGGGGAAGGUGUGGAAUAUCUUGGCCGUGCUGAUGAAGCCAUCAUUGCCAUUUCUAACUACAGACUUCACAUCAAGUUCAAGGACUCAGUCAUCAAUACCUACCCAGGUGUGGACAUUGACAUAUCUGUGCCUCUCAGGCUGAUAGAAAGUGUAGAGAGCAGAGAUAUGUUCCAGUUGCACAUCAUUUGCAAAGACUCUAAAGUUGUCAGAUGCCACUUUGCAACGUUCAAGCAGUGCCAGGAGUGGGUCAAACGUCUGAACCGGGCCAUAGCACACCCAUCACGGCUGGAGGACCUGUUCGCCCUGGCCUAUCACGCGUGGUGUCUAGGAGGCAGCGCUGACGAUGAAGAUCAGCACCUUCAUCUUUGUCGCCCAGGUGAUCAUGUACGUCAGAGAAUGGAAAUGGAGGUCAAGAGGAUGGGCUUCGAUACUCAAAACAUCUGGAGAGUGUCUGAUAUCAACUGCAACUACAAGCUGUGCUCCAGCUACCCACAGAAGCUUCUGAUUCCAAUCUGGAUCACUGACAAGGAGCUGGAGAGUGUGGCUUCUUUUAGAUCCUGGAAGAGGAUCCCAGUGGUGGUCUACAGGCACCAGAAGAACGGGGCAGUGAUCGCCCGCUGUAGCCAGCCUGAGAUUAGCUGGUGGGGCUGGAGGAACACAGAUGAUGAGUAUCUAGUUACGUCCAUCGCUAAGGCCUGUCAGAUGGACAGCGGAACCAAGGGUGCACAAACAAAUCGACAACGCGGGGAAGCUACUGACUCUUCCGAUGGUGAUUUUGACUCAUCUCUGACGGGCGGCUCCAGCUGCAAUGACAACACUGUGACACAGAAGCUGCUGAUUCUGGAUGCUCGCUCAUACACUGCUGCAGUGGCUAACCGAGCUAAGGGCGGAGGCUGCGAAUGUGAAGAGUACUACCCCAGCUGUGAGGUCAUGUUCAUGGGAAUGGCCAACAUCCAUGCUAUCCGGAACAGUUUCCAGGCUCUCAGGGCUGUCUGCAGUCAGAUCCCCGAUCCAGGAAACUGGCUUUCAGCACUGGAGAGCACCCGUUGGCUGCAGCACCUGUCGGUCAUGCUGAAGGCUGCCACUCUGGUAUGUUCAGCAGUCGAGCGGGACGGUCGUCCUGUCCUGGUACACUGCUCAGACGGGUGGGACCGCACGCCUCAGAUUGUAGCCCUCGCCAAGGUCCUGCUGGACCCCUACUACAGGACAUUAGAGGGUUUCCAGGUGCUUGUAGAGACGGAAUGGCUGGACUUUGGUCAUAAGUUUGGGGACCGCUGUGGCCACCAGGAGAACUCAGACGAUGUGAGCGAGCAGUGUCCCGUCUUCCUGCAGUGGCUGGAUUGUGUUCACCAGCUGCUCAAACAGUUCCCCUGCCUGUUUGAGUUCAACGAGGCCUUCCUGGUCAAGUUGGUGCAGCACACAUACUCGUGUCUUUACGGCACGUUUCUGUGCAACAACGCUCGUGAAAGGGAGGCAAAGAAUAUCUACAAACGCACCUGCUCUGUGUGGUCUCUGCUUCGCACAGCAAACAAGAACUUCCAGAACUUCCUCUACAUCCCUUCUCAUGACAUGGUGCUGCAGCCAGUCUGCCAUACUCGGGCACUACAGUUGUGGACAGCCGUCUACCUGCCCACCUCCUCCCCCUGCACUGCUGUGGAUGAUUCUGUGGAUCUCUACCUCCCGCCCUCCAUCACAGGAGAUGAGCUUACCUCCCGUUCCCUGGACAGACUUCCUAAGACCCGCUCCAUGGAUGACCUUCUGUCAGCUUUUGAGAAUGGGAUGCCCCUGACACGAACAUCGAGCGACCCCAAUCUCAACAAGCACUGCCAGGAGGGUCGCUCUGCACUGGAGCCCUCACCUGCUGUGGAAGAACCCGCUGUAGAAGGCUCCAACGAGCUCAUACCUGACACUGCGGUGGACAGUGGAGAGGGACAAUCUGUGCAUCCGACUCCAGAAGCUGUCCCAGGUGUAGUGGGUGCUGAAGAGGCUGUGGAUGGACCCUGUUUCACUACGCAGCCCCUGCCUUCCCUGCCCCUCUCACCUGUCCCCCUCAGUGAGGAUGUCACACUUGCUCACACUGCCUUUUCCACUCCUGCCCUCAUGCAAGCUUUGCAUCAGAUCACAGAUACUCCACUCCAACAAGCUCCAAUGGAGGCUGAGAGCCCUUGUAGGACUGCUGAGAGUAUACCAUCUCCCACUCAUAAAUCAGAGCCCUGCUUACCUCUGCCCUGCAAAAGCACUCAACCUGCAGCCAACACACCAACCUCUGUAUUUCAAGGACAAAUUGAUAGUCAGUCAAAGAGCCUGCUGGCUGUAAAGCAGCUAACACCACUCCUUCCCAUGGGGGACUCCACUGAGACUCUUACAGGUGAGAAUGAUCAUCCCCCCAACUCGCCCUCCGCAGUGACCCAGGAAUUUACGCAGAAUACUUUGAAUGAUGAGGAGCAGCCUGAGUUUCAGCCACAAGCUCAACCCCAGAAGGAGGAGGAGGACACGAGGACAAAUGGGGCGAGUGGAAGAGAGCGCGUGUUAGCGGCAGCUCCUGUAGACUGCAUCCAGGUCACUGCUCGCCCUCUGAUCUCCCAGAGCCAGCUCUCGGACCUGUGCUUGCUCAGCUCCCACUGGGAGAGUGUCCAGGGUCUGGUCCAGUCUGCCUCUGGUGCCAGCCGGGGCCAGCACCCCAACAUCCACCAGAGCCGCCGGCUUGCCAGUAAAUUCCUCCGCGCCCAGGGCUUUGCCAUUGCCAAUGGCUCGCAGUGCUGCCGCAGGGAGGCGCUCUGUUGUCCGAGCAGUGCGCUGCAGAUUGGAUGGCCUACCAGGAGUGCAGGCUACACUGGACUGUGUGGGCCUGCUGCCCUCACCAGCUACUCACUGGCAGCCCAUCAGCUCCUGCCAGCCUCUUAUUCCUCACCCUCAGCUUCCAGCUCGCCACCACCUCCCCAGGCCCUGGCUUACCUGGAUGACGAUGGGCUGCCUGUGCCGAUGGAUGCCGUGCAGCAGAGAUUGCGUCAGAUCGAGGCGGGUUACAAGCAGGAGGUUGAGGUGCUGCGACAGCAGGUGCGACAGCUGCAGAUGAGGCUUGAGAGUCAACAGUAUGGCACCCCUCCCUCAGAGCCAUACGUCGAGUACGAGGAUGACAUUACAUGUCUGCGUGAGUCAGACAACAGCAAUGAGGAAGAUUCUCUGUCUACCCACAGCGAGGACCGUCUGUCCGAGGGCAGCUGGGAUCGAGUGGAGCCCAGGGACACUGAGGUUACGAGGUGGGUGCCCGACCACAUGGCCUCCCAUUGUUUCAACUGUGACUGUGAGUUCUGGAUAGCCAAGAGACGUCACCACUGCAGGAACUGUGGUAAUGUGUUCUGUAAAGACUGUUGUCACCUGAAGCUUCCCAUCCCAGACCAGCAGCUUUACGACCCCGUGUUGGUGUGCAACACCUGCCACGACCUGCUCCUCGAGUCCCGCACCCGCGAGAUCCGUAGCCAGCAGCUUAAGAAGGCCAUCGCUACAGCCUCCAGCUGAGAGAAACCUCUGAAGCAUUGUCGCCUCGGCUUUGUCCUGCUCGUAUGGGACUGAUGAGCUGUGCGCUGUUUUUACCGCCAAUCAGCUGUAGUUUGGCUGCAGGGGCGGGAAUGAGGAGCAGUUGUUACUCUUUGGGACGCUGGGCUUUAAAAACGGAGAUGUACGUAUAGACUGUAAUAGAAGGGAUUGCUAAGGCAUGCUAGCAGGUGGAGGAGGGGGUUGGUCAAAGACAUUUUUAGGCCUAAGCGCCGCAGCGUCCUGCUGCCUCCACACGGCUCAGUCCUCUAGUGGUGCCCCCGCCUGAGACACAUCUCCAACCUGUCCACACACCUUUUAGUACCAAACACCUGCACCCUCCUGACGGACACCGUCUCGCAGUUCAGAGGACAAUCGCUCACCCUUCCACGUGUCGGGGGACUCCAAAGCCUGUACCUGUACUACUGGAGGCUUUCAACUUUAAAAGAAAAGAAAUGCUGCUACAGUAUUUAAAAGUCUAAUUUUGUAUUCUUAUUUUGUGCACUACUAGCUGUCAUGUAAUGGAGGGCACUUGUGACCAAACUUGAGCAAAAGGGAGAAAUCUGCUGUUUACUUUGCCAUUGCAUCUUUUUUGCUGUUGUUGUUUUUUUUUGUCCUCUCGGAGCCUGAAUGUAACAUGUGAUGGAUAACUGGACUGGGUUUAUGUUAACGUGCAUUUGGUAGGUCGUGUACAUGUUCUUUGCUGCAGUGUGUUCUGUAUGUGCACAGUCGAUGUGGUUGUGUGUUUUAUCUAUGCUUUUCUCUGGUAUAGUCGCGGUGCAACGCUCUGAGGGAUGUGUGGCGCACACUGAUGUGGUUUUGCGGGGACAGAAUGAGGGUGGGAGGCAGCAGGUUUCUGUGAAGUCUUCUUCAGAUGAGUCAUUUGAAGGUGCUUGGAAGAUGUGACUGAAGGGUUGUGCUGAUGUUCCUCUAGUCGAAUGGCUUGGUGUCCACAUAAAGCUCUAUGUCCAUCUGACUGACUCCUCCACAUGCUGAGGACUGAACAGAGCUCUUAGUUUUUUGUUUUUAAGGGUAGUUUGGCAACAGUCCCCUUAAAAAUGUUUGUCUACUGGUUGUUGAGACAAUGGUGCCAUAUUUUGUUUUGUCUCUCUCUCUCUUUUUUUCUUUUCUUUUCAAAGGAUAUUUCUUUGUUAUGGAUGGCAGCAGGUUUCUAAUCGGCCACCUCUCUGUAUGUUUAAUGGUACAGAUAGCUAGCUGCUUAAUAACACUGAAACGACUAAAGAUUAACUGAGAGUUUGAUAACAAGAGGCUAACAAUGUCAGUGGAUAAUCAGAUAUCGCUGGAUUCGUUACCUUUGUAGUUAUCGUCUAAUAUUUGGAAUCUUUUGCACGGUGUUUAUGAAGCUGAAAUCUUUGAGGAGCUCAGAAAUGUAACAUACAUAGUUAUCUGAUCCGUAGUGGUGGCUAAAACCUGUCACUUAAUGAUUUAUUGUUGUAAAGAAAUGCACUGUAAAAAUGAAAUCCCAUGGGUUAAAAUAAAGGAUUAUAUCAUGGA